UACUCAUGACAUAUUUUACUGAGAAUGCAAUUCUUUUUAUGUUUGCAUUUCUUGUCACUUGCUGGUAUGCAUAGAUCUAGGGCAUUCAAUAAUCUCUUGUGGAAAGAUUGGUCAAGAAUUUUAGAGUUUGCUCAAGUGUGUGUAAAUGGUGUGCAUGUGUCUGUGUGUGCUUGUACUUGUACAUAUUUCUGGAGCCCCGUGUUGCUGUUCUGCUAAACCCAUCUGGUUUUGCUCUGAACACUCUGUUGGUGUCUGUGUGCUUUGCGGUGCAGUGGAGCUAAAGUUUGCGCUAAGGUGGGUGUGCUUUUAUGCGAAGACACAUCUGUCAGUGGCAUUUGGCUCCCAUCGCCCGAAAGACUGAAAGCAGGAGGCAAUCGUGGUUGCCCAUCGACCAUGAGGUGCAGCAGGGUAACCCCAUGGGUCCUCUUGCUUCUGGUUGCCCUUCAGAUGCAGCUGAGGUGGGGGCAGAGGACAUCGCCAGCACACACCGAAACUAGGAAACGUUUAUAUCAGAUGCUGAGGAGGCUGGACAAGCAGUUUAGGAGAUUUCAAGAGAUGACCCUUGCUCAUCUUCAGAGCAUUGCCAUAAACUACAAUGUCUCCCAUGGCAUGGACAGCUGUUUCAAAGAGCUGACUCAGCAGUUUGAGAGCCUUUCCAGGGAGAUGGGCUCCUUCAACAAGGACAUCAACCAGAAUCUCAGCUCCCUCAAGUCCUGGAGCAGGAAGCUGCAGAGGAAGACCAAGCGGCUGGAGCUCAGGCUAGCCAGCACGGAGCGUGCACUGAGGGAGAAUGUCCGGCUGGCCCAGAGGCAGCUGCAGGAGCAGAGGGCAGUGCUCUCCAACCUGACGUGGGAGCUCGGGGCGCAGCAUAACCGCCUUGGCUCACUGGAAGCCCACUGGGGUUCAGUUCGCAGCCUAUGGGAUGCCCUCCAAGAACAUCGGGGCCAACUGAGCAAGCUGGAGGCUCGGAUGAGGAGCAUCGAGCGACUGCCCCUUAAUGCCAGCACUGGCUUCUCCAGCUCUGGAAAUCCACUUGUCAGGAUGCGGCAAAAUCCAGAUCCGGGGCUUUUGUAUGGUGCGCAGCAGCCACUUCAGGGCAAAGUUUCCAAAGCAAGCAGGAUGAGAAACAGGCUUCCUCCUCCUCCUCUGCAAAUGACCACCAGAGCACCAUACCCAGCCUCAGAUGACAGGACACCAGGAUCCGGCCACACCAGCUCCCUGCCGACAGUGCUGCCUGAGGAGGAAGCCCAGAUCAACAAUCUUCUUCAGCUUCCAUUCAGACACAAGAUCCCACAGAAAUAUACCCCAAAGAAACACACCACAAUAUGCAAUGUGAACUCAGUGCUGCUCUUCCCGUCUGCAUCAACCAAAAACUACGUUACCUUCCACAAACCUUUUCCAGCCAGGCUCCAUGAACUUUCUGUCUGCACCUGGUUGAGGGUGGAGACUGAGUACAUGGGCACGCUGCUGUCCUAUGCCACCGAGGACAAUGACAACACCUUAGUGCUCUACGGCCGCAGGUCUUCUGGGCGGGGCACCAUUGAUUUUGUGAUUGGUGACCCAGCAUACCGAGAAUUGGCCAUGGGUAACCUGCUGGAUGGCCGCUGGCACCAUGCCUGCCUGAUUUGGUCCUCCAUUGAGGGCCGCUUCUGGUAUUACACUGACCGGCGUCUGGCCGCCACCGGUUCCAAGUUUCGAAAAGGUUUUGAGAUCCCUCCUGGUGGAACAGCUGUGCUGGGACAGGAGCAAGAUGUUGUGGGAGGCGGGUUCGACGAGGCUGAGGCGUUCGUGGGCAGGCUGGCAGGCUUUGCCGUGUGGAGCCGGGCACUGAGUCCAGGUGAGGUGUCUGGGCUGGCCACUGGGAAAGGGGUACCCAGAGGUGCAGUGAUGACCCUGGAUGAUGUGGUGCUCCAUGGCUCAGUCCACCAAGUGACCUGCGAAUGCUUGGAGCACUGUACAUAAUGAUGGAAGCCAGGAGGAAACUACAUGAAAACAUUUCAUUAAUAGGCUAAUUAAUAUACUAAUAGAUUAAUUAAUAAUAAUUAAUAGACUAGCCUAGAAGGUGUGUUGGAACAGGAAAAUCAUCAAACUAUGCUGGACUCUGGCCUUCCAGAACAACAGUGGGACAAAGCUGAAUGACCCUUGAAUCAAAACCAUAUUCUGUAAAAUAUAUUUUUUUCUUUAUAUACAAUGCAUAUUAACAUUAACAUAGCCAUGUCUUCGGUGUUUUCUUUAGCAUGGAAAACUGUGUAAGGUAAAAAUCAAAGAAUGGCACUUUAUAUUUUGUAUAAGUUUUAUAUUGAAGUAACAUGCCAGAUUAUAAUGCGCAUUCAAUAAACACACCAACUGUGGUAUUUUAUUUUCAGACAUUAAUACGAACAUUAAAAGCAACAGCUCCUAGAAGCUGAUUAGUAGUUAUUUGUUUGUCAAAGAAAAUGUAACGUUUCCAUACCUCCGCGAUAAAUAAAACUACAUU